ACAUGUCACGGGCCGAAGCAACAGCGUCCGAAGACGUGACCCGGUUCUUGGAAGAAGUGUGUCGUAUCGAGGGGACCGUAGAGGACAAUGAACUGCUCGUGUCUGACCCUUCGGUGGCUGCGACCAGGAGACUCUUGCGGCUUUGCCAAGAGACACAAAGCAUCGGAGUGCGAACCAUGGUCGAGCUGGAAAGCCAGGGACGUCAGCUGAAGGAGAAUGUGGCCGGGAAUCUGGAACAGAUAUCGGAGAACCUCGAGUCCAUCGAAUCGGACGUCGGAAAGCUCCGUCGUUGUUUCUUCUGCUGUCCGUGGCGUUUCCGCUGGCGAAGGAGACGACGAGCUGCUUCAACCCUCCCAGCUGAAGAGAGCACGUCGCCAUCGGCCAGCGCCAGCACCAAGAAUGGCGCAACGCAAGUCGCCACAGAACCACUCGACGAACUGUCACAGUCCCUGGCAUCCCUGAAGACCAUAGCAAAGUCUACCAGUCGAGAAUUGGACAAGCAAAAUCAACAACUAGACGACCUCAAAGCUCGCAUGACACGUAGCCAGGAGAGACUCGACCGGAGCAGUCGUGCAGCCCAAGAGGUGCUCGAUGCCUGAAGACGCCGUGAAGUUGACUUUGCGAAUAUGAGAGUUGAAAGGUGCACUCCAGGAUCAAUGCUAAGCGUCAUUGUCAGCACCUGAGAUCACGUGACACGCUGUUGUCACUUCUUCGUCUACCCUGCGCGGGCGGGCGGGCGGGUGGCUUGAGGUACCGGGGCAGGAUGACCUCCAGCAGCAGGGUACGGUCCAAGUACAAAGUGAACAAGCCGGAUAAAUUGGAACUCUAUUUGUCGCGGCAGUCCGAAGCUGUGGAGUAUGCUGGCAAGGUACCAUCGGAAUACAACAUCAGCGCCGUAGAACGCAGGGACAAGGAGACUCAAGCAACGGCACCUUAUUGCUGUGGAGGACCUAAGCCCGGCCAACCGAAGCCACCCGAUAUAUCGCCGUCCCGGACAAUGGGGCGGUACCUGACUUCGGAGUUCGAGGAAUUCUGCCAAGCAUUCCACAGCGCUUCGGACUCGACGCUCCCGGUGAAUCCUAUGAGGCAGAUGUUGCAGGAGGCAGCCGCCAGCACGGUGGCCGAAGAAGGUGGCCGACCGAAGCCCUCCCGUCGCUGGAGCGAAGUCCAACCGGACAGGGCCAAGGUGUUCAUGGCUCCUCGAUUUGGGAACAAGAUGUCAUCCAAAGCUCCUCCUAGUGUCCCUCCACAGACGGGCGAGUUCAGUGCCGAAACGUCCCAGGUGUCGUCAACAGACAGCGCAAUGUCUCCCAGGAGAGUCCGUUCCCGUAAACGUCUUCUUAAGCCCAAGUUCAACGAACAAGCAAUGCUGCUGGCAAGUGAGACGCCCUCGGGCAGUUUCUUAGCUGGACAGCGCAAAGUCGAGUCGAAAUCCAAGGAUGCAAUAGAAAGCCCUGGUCGUACCAACAGUGGAUUACAAGAGUUCAGUGCGGAAGAUCCGUAUCCGCGAAAGGUACCAAAGGAACGCAAGUCUAGAAGCACGCCGCAAAGCCCAAAGCCAAGUACUAGCCAACAGGAAGCCAAGUUUCAAUCCGAAGCAAAGCCGUCGUCUGCCAGGUCAGUUAGUGGGCAGCAUGAAGCAGAGACCAAGUCGUUGAGCCUAAGGUCAUUUGACAGCCACGCCGAAGCCAGAAAUCGAGCCAUGUCAGCCGGCCCAAGAUUAAUACGUAGUGCGGAAAAACAGGACAAAGUGAGAGCCACGUCAGCGAGCCCCAAGUUGGAAAGCGGCCACCACCCUAAAAGUUCUCGGUCCAAAAGCGUGCCGCACAGCACGAAGCGGACAGACGGAAAUCGCAAAGACAGCCAACCACCGAGUACAUCAUCCAGUCCCACCCCAGCUGCUCGCAGCGACGCUAUUGAUACGUCGGAGGAAAAUGCUCGGACUAGGCCCAUGACUUUUAAAGAGAAAUAAAUCUGCGUCGAUCCCUGCAA